CCCACCCAAGGUCCUGCAGUCAACUCUGAGCAACCAACGCUAACACGAUGAUGAAACUGCUGCUGAUCGCUGCUGUUCUGGCCCCGGCCGUCCUGGGUCUGACCCCGGUUCGCCAGUGCCCCAACGGUGCCGGCCUGCCCGCGUCGGUGGACAUCAACGGGUGCACCGGAACGCCGUGCCCGAUCGUCAACGGUCAACCGUUGUUGGCCCAUGCCGUCGGAAUCACCAGCCCGGUCGCCACCAACGGACUCGAGGCGUACAUCAUCAUCCGUCUGGCCGGUCUGCAGAUUCCGUUCCCGAUGCCGGACGGACUGGAGGAUGCUUGCGCCCAUGGAACCCCGGCGGGAACCUGCCCGGUGUCGGCCGGUCAGACGUUCGACUACGACCUGGACUUCGAGGGACAGGUGCUGCAGCUGAGCGGAGUUACCGUGCAGGUUGAGGUUGGUCUGCGCGCCGACGAUGGUUCGGACGUUACUUGCGUUGCGUUCGAUGCCGCCAUUGUGGAUCCUUGAAAUAAAGACUUGUGAUAUUGUUAGACAUAUGUA